GAAGGUCUGAUAUUCUCAAGAGUCUCUGAUAUCCGGCGGAUUUCGUUUGACACUGACGACAUGACGGAUGUUAUAUUACCACUGGUUGGCAUUCAGACUGCAGUCGCCCUCGACUGGGACGAAAAUGAGGGCUUGAUAUUCUGGUCCGAUGUUGAUGUUAAUUCUAUUUCAAGAGCUAAUUUCAAUGGAACAGACCAAGAAAUUGUGGCUGACUCUAGCUUAAAUAGCCCUGCAGGUUUGGCCGUUGAUUGGAUAAAUAAGAAGCUGUACUGGACAGAUGCAGGCAAUGAUCACAUCGAAGUUUCUAACUAUGAUGGCAGUAUGCGAGCACUUCUCAUUUGGGAAGAUCUUGAACGCCCCAGGGACAUAGUUGUUGACCCCAUUUCAGGAUACAUGUUCUGGACGGACUGGGGCAGUUUCCCUAAAAUUGAGCGAGCAUGGAUGGAUGGUACAAACCGCGUUGAUAUUGUAAGAGACAACCUUACAUGGCCUAAUGGUUUGGCUAUAGAUUAUGAUACCAAUAUGCUAUUCUGGGUCGAUGCAGGGAGGAAAGUGAUUGGUAUGACUGACUUCCAUGGCAAUAAAAAACAGAACUUGAUCGAACAAGGUCUUUCACAUCCGUUUGGUUUGGCCAUCCAUGAUGACCGCAUUUACUGGACCGAUUGGAAGGACAAUAGCAUUUACUCAGGAGAUAAGGCAACUGGUCUGGAUAGAGAAAUUAUCAGAAGUAACUUGGAAGAUUUGAUGGACAUCCAUGUCUAUCAUAAACGCAAACAGGAUACGCCAUCGCCAUGUGAGAAAAAUAAUGGAGGUUGUAGCGAUCUGUGUUUGAUAAAACCAGGAGGACACAGUUGUGCUUGUAAAAAGGGUGUGCUGAUGGGACCAGACAAGAUGACAUGUAAAAAAGGUUUUGAUAACUUUCUCAUAUUCACAAAGAAGCAAGAUAUUCGAGCUGUUUCGCUAGAUGUGCCAUACAUGGCUGACGUAGUCCUACCCAUAUAUGGAAUGGAGAAUGCAAUUUCAGUGGAUGUUGACAUGGUAGAAGGUAUGGUUUAUUGGUCUGAUAGAGCCAGGAAAACAAUUUCCCGAGCCCCUUUGGAUGGGUCAUUCAUGGAAGAUGUUGUGAAGGAGGGGAUUGAUAUACCAGAUGGACUUGUUGUGGACAUCAUCGGCCGUACGAUAUACUGGACAGACACAGGAAGAGACCUGAUUACGGUGGCAAAUUUAGAUGGAACUCAUCAGCGUGUUAUCGUCUGGGAGAACAUAACAAAUCCACGGGCUAUUGUACUUCAUUAUGAAGCUGGGUACUUUUACUGGACUGAUUGGGGUAAGCAGAUGAUUGAGAGAGCUUGGAUGGACGGAAGCCAUCGCGAGCCGGUCAUCUAUUAUAAUAUUGGAUGGCCGUAUGGCCUGACUAUUGACAAACAGAUGGACAAGCUGAUGUGGACUGAUGCAAGAUAUAAUAAAAUUGAGAUGUGCGAUUACAAUGGGAAGAACCGACGAGUACUCAUUGAGUUGGGCUACAAGCAGUCUCAGGUCUAUGGCCUCACGGUCACUGGUAAUUACAUGUACUGGACAGUGGAUGGGACAAGUAGUGGCAUCUACCGCGCGGAAAAGCGGUAUAGUGCCGAGGAAACACGCGUCAUUGGCAAAUUGUCUGGCUUGACGGAUAUUCAUGCCAUCAGCAACCAAGUUACAGGAACAAACAAGUGUGGUAGUAACAAUGGCAACUGUAGCCAUCUCUGUCUUCCUACUCCCACUGGAAUAUCCUGCAGUUGUCCCACUGGAAUCAAACUGAAUCCAGAUCUAAGAACAUGUCCAAGUAUACCAGAGAAUUUCCUAAUCAUUGCCAAUCGGAACAAGAUAAGAAGAAUAUCGCUGGACACACCUGAGCAUGUGGAUGUCGUUUUACCUGUUCCUGAUCUCAUCAACGUCAUUGCUAUUGAUUUUGAUAGUUUGGAUGAGAAGAUAUACUAUACCGACGUUUACAAUGAUGUCAUAAGGCGUAUGGAUUAUGAUGGAUCAAAUGUAGAGGACAUAAUUACAAGCAACUUAACAACUGUUGAUGGAAUAAGCGUUGAUUGGAUCGCAAGGAAUCUGUAUUGGACUGAUACUGGUAGAAACACGCUGGAGGUUUCUCGUUUAGAUGGUAGCCACAGAAAGACUAUCAUUUCAACUAAUAUAGACGAGCCAAGAGCUAUUGCUGUAUGUCCAUCCAAAGGUUUACUUUUCUGGACUGACUGGGGACUGCGCCCUAAAAUAGAGAGAUCAAACCUUGAUGGUUCAUCACGUAGAACUCUAAUCGCAUCUGGACUCGGCUGGCCGAACGGCCUCACCAUCGACUACCAGACCGUUAGAAUUUACUGGGCUGAUGCCAAGCUUAAUAGAAUUGAUACGGCCGAUUUCGAUGGACGUCUUCGAACAACACUGAACCGUGAUGUCUUCCGACCAUUUGGAAUUACUUUGUAUGGGGAAUGGUUGUAUUGGACAGACUGGAAAACUGAAUCACUUGAAAUAGGCCACAAAUCAACCGGAAAAGGUCGUAAAACUUUCAACAAUAAUCUUCCAUAUCUAAUGGAUAUAAAAAUGGUCUCAAAAUCCAGACAACAUGGUUCUAAUGAAUGUGCGUUCAAAAAUGGCGGAUGUUCUCAUUUAUGCUUGGCACGUGAGACUGGUUAUGUGUGUGCAUGUCCCGAUCACAAAGAUGACAAGAUUUGUUAUACAAUGCCUUAUGAAGAAGUUGGUUACCUAUCAACUAAACCUUCAGAAUAUGAAGUUUAUCAAAGUACUGAGCUGCCCAAUGGGAUUAAAGUAAAUCACAAACCAACAAAUGGAGAUAGUGACGAUGUUGAAAUAAGGUGUACAUCAAGUACCUGUUCUCAGUCCGCUGAGGAGCCAGGGUUGAUAAAAACCUACAUGUUCAUCAUUGCUGGUCUUAUAGCUUUCCUCUCACUACUUGUUGUUUUAAUUUGGAUAAUAGUUUGGAGAAGGAGACAGAAAGAAUACCAAUCUCAAACUUCGCUUGUAACCUCGAACCUUCGAUAUGACCCUGAAACAGAUGAGUUGAGCUAUCUUCGGCAAAAUUCAAGAAGGAUAUAUCGGCCAAGAUUCACAGACACGGAAACGGAGAACUAUCCAUGGCUUACACAUGACGCUGAGGCACCGCUGCAGGGGAUACAAUCGCUAAGAACACAAACAAAACCAGGUCAUAAUAUGUAUGAGAAACGAACUUAUAUAGAUGCAGAAGAGAAGAAGCCACUGAACGUUGCUUUGCCUCCGCUAGACACCCCAGGAUAUUGUGAGAAAGUACUAUUCAAGCGCAAGGAAACUCAUUUUUGAAACUCAUAUGCGUAUUAUGUAUUUUUUUGUCGUUUAUCGGAAGGUGGUAACUCAAUUGACUGCAAAAACUGGUAAAAUAAUAAAGAUUUCAUAAUCAGAAGCCCUCAUAAGUGCACCGUUGAUAAAUCAAGAAGAUAAAUAGAUACUUGUGAGGAUGCAGAGAUGAGCUGACCCAUAAGGGCAGGGCUAAUAUGUCAGACUCUUGCAGACAGGGCCUAAAUGCAAGCCCAUUUGGGCUGGGCCAAUAUAUACAGAACUGUGUAACCAGGAGAAA